AAAGUAAUGUUCAGAAGAAAUGCAUUUAAUUUUGAGGAUAGAUGUGAAGAACCGGAAGUACUGCAAGAGGUGUCGUUUGGCUAAAUGUUUUGCCGCAGGAAUGAAAAGAGACAAUAUACUGACUGAUGAGGAGAAACAGAAAAGGAUUCAUAAAAUUGAGGAAAACCGACAAAAACGGCAGAAACGGAAGGAAGAGAUCGAGGCUCUGAAGGCAUCCCUCGAUUCCAGUGUCGACACGGCCACCACAUCCAUGGAAGUGAUGAAGAAGAUUGAGAUAAUGUCCACCGAAUACGAGCGCCUGAAGGCCCGUCUCCUGGAGCUGGAGUCCUAUGCGAUGACUAAGCGCUGGAACGACAUCUCGUAUGAUGUUUACCAGAAGGCAGUGGAACUGGAGUUCACAGCCAUCCCUAUCGCGCGACCACUUCACGAACGGCUCAUGCAUUUCAAUGAACUCGAGUUCAAUCGCUUCAAAGAGGUGUUGGAGGCGACAAAACUGAUGGCCUUAACGCCGGCGCCCAUCACCAUCCAGUGUCAGAUGAAUGUGAUCCAUAAGUUCAAUGAGGGCUUCCAAUGCGCCCGAAAUAUAAGCAGAAUAAUGGCUAUAUUUGUGGAGCGGAUCACUAAGAGUAUUGUGAAGAUGUCUAAGAAUUUGCAGGCAUUUAACAGCAUUUGCGAGAAUGACCAAAUUAUCCUGAUCAAAUACGCCUCGUUUGAGAUUUGUGUGAUCCGUGCUAUUCUUUGCUUCAACUUUGAGCACCAGUAUUGGAAUCUGAUCAUGGAUGACGAGCGCUCUGUUGUCAUGAAAUUGGAUUUAUUGAAGAAAGACAAACGAAAUAUUCACGAAAACCAUAAAAAUAUUUUGGAUAAAAUGGGCAAAGAAUGGGAAUCAGACACCAACUUAAUUGAUUUGAAAUAUAGGUGUAGUUUCAAAGGCAACUGUCGUAUCGAUAAAAAGAGCAGAAAAUUAUGCAAAAAGUGUCGUUUGAAUAAAUGUUUUGCUGUCGGAAUGAAAAAAGAGAGUAUAAUGAGUAGCGAACAGAAACAGAGAAGACUCCAUAAAAUAGAGUCAAAUCGUAUGAAGAAAGGACUGAUGCCAUCCUCAACCACGACAGUCGAGUCCACAUCCAGUGAUACUCAGGGCUUAACCAAUACAUCAAAGUCUGUGUCAGUUCUUAAGAAAUUUGAUCACUUGGAGAGUGAUUACGAGAAAAUAAAGGCUCGACUCAUGGAGUUAGAGACUAUUGUGAAGAGUAGUCAUCCCAUUAAUAGCCAAAAUAGUAACAUAAAUAUGAACACAAAUUACAAUAAUUUAAAUGAAUACCAAAGGGAACACCAAUCUGUAUAUCAGAAGGCACUGGAACUUGAGUUUUCAUUCAUACCGAUAGGCCGUCCACUGAAUGAAGAGGACUCGGGUUUUAGUGAUAUAGAGUUGAGUCGAUUGAGAGAUGUGUUGAACGCGACAAAUGUGAUGCAAAGCAACCAAAUGAACACAAUUACGAUUGAGUGUCAAAAUGAACUCAUUAUGGACUUCAAUAACGGCAGACAGUGUUCGCUGAAUACCACCAAAAUU